AUGAAGGGAUUUCUAGAUGUCGACGGUUGGAAAUGCGAUUGCAAUCCACGACUCCCUGCAGUCGAGUGCACCGUCAGGAAGCGUAACCAUAACCAUGGUCGUAAAUACUACAAAUGCCCCAAUAUCGACACAGGCUGCGGGUUAUUCCUCUGGAGAUCUGAGGCCAUUAGCCGCGAAACCCACCCAGACCCCGAGCCCCUCUCACAGGCCUACCCAUCGCUCACUCCAAUCCCCUCCACAUGCACCAGAAGACACACCAGAGCCAAUCCCAAUCCCGAGAUCGUAGUGGCGACGCCCUCUAAGCGUCGCAUCAUUGAAGACCUCACGUCCGACACCGAGCCCGACUCGGAGCGUGAUGAGGAUGUAGAGCCGUAUAUGAACUGGCGCGAGCCCUCACGUUCCUACAACGGCAUGUCAACCCCGCGGAAACAGCGAAGGAUUGAUACCCAGACGUCGCCUUCCAAGUCAAAUAAUGUGCGGCUGCAUCGUUCGCGUCUUUCAUAUGGCCCAGCAGAGGCGAGCUCAUCCUCAAACCCCCACGAUGCGCUCUCCCCACACCCCGCACUAGCACCGCAGCUGGCCACCACCACCAGCCCCAGACGCAAAUCUCCGCGCCUCCACCCCGAAGCCGCCACCGUCCAAACCCCGUCUAGACCUCACCCCUCGGUCUCCUUGUCCGACAACACCCCCACCACGGCGCGCACAAAUUCCGUCCGGCGCACCCUCUUCGGCCCGCGGCCGCGUACACCGCCGCCGCAAUCCCAACCCGCCUACGUGCCCAUCACCCCGAGCUCCCGCAACCGCAACCUCGGCAGCCCCGGGCGAGGACUGCAGGACACCCUGAUCGCCGACACAUUUAAGCUGCUGGAUCGCAAUGGCGUGAGCCUGGCGGCGUUCUCGGCGGACCUCACGGCGGUACUGAUGCGGCAUGUGAUGCAGAAGGAGGGGAUCUCGCAGGGGCGGGAUAUGCUGCGGAUGAAGCUUGCAAGGAAGGAUCUCGAGGUGGCGGAGAUUGGGGUUAAGAUUAAGGAGGUGGAGGGGGAGAAUAAGACGCUGGAGAGGGAGAAUGGGAGGAUAGUGGAGGAGGGGGAGAGGACGAAGGCGGAGGUUGCGGAGAUGAGGGUUAGGGUUAGGGAGCUGGAGGGGGAGAACGAGACACUAGAGAGAGAGAAGACAGCGUUGGUGGAAGAGAAAGCGAGGAUGCUGGAGGAGGAGAAGAGGAUGAAGGAGGAGAUGGCGAAUUUGGCGAAUUUGCUUGAACGAGUGAGACUCGAUUCGCAAACCCCACAGCGGCAGUUUGGGAUGCCAUUGGAUACGGCGUAUCUCCAUAUUAAAUAA